AACCAUAUACGUGCAUGAGUUUUCAGAGGCGGUGGGAAAUCGGUAUUUUCCUCGGACUCUGGGGGCACUUUUAUCAAGUGCUGGGUGAUAUACGUUGGGAAGACCUAGAGCUGCAUUGAUGUGUCACAUUUUCCCAGGAUUGUCAUACAAUUGCGAACGCUCGCAUGAUGUGAAACCGUUACUUUGUGACGAUGAUCGAUCAGGUGAAAUAGUGAAUCAAGCCAAAUGGGAUGGUUCCUGGCGUCAAGCAACAGGCGAGGCUUGUGCCAAGAAGGGGGAAGACCAAGAAUUGAAAGCGGGGUUUAAUUUCUCGUUUUUGGGGGGUCUUGUGUGCCGAAGACACCGAAAUCAAACUGUUUUCCUGUGAGAGAAAGGCGUUAUCCACCCCAAAGCGUCCGGACUGUGUGAUAAAUCAACAACAUAGUAGAGUGACAAGGCACAGGUUGAGUCAAAUUAGUUUAUCGGAGUGCGGUGGGAAGAGGAACACUGAUCAAGACAACAGCACAGCAGCAUAUGUUUUCAUGUCUCCUCUCAACACACCUGUAAAGGUUUCCACUUCCUGUGACACCAUCACACCAUGCCUGAGGGGGCGGGCCGAGGCAGCCAGAGAAAGCCCAGCAACCAAGCUGCCAAGCGCCCCUCCUCCGUGUCCUCCCUGAGCAGCAUUGUGGGUAGGAUGGCCUCGUCGGAGAGCGCCUGCCGCGGGAGCUGCACCUCGGUCAACACGGUGUGCUCGGACAGCGACCGCACGGCCAGCCUCAGCUCCUCUGCCUCCUCUGCCUCCCUGCAGGACGUACACUCUUCCUCCUCCUCCUCGCUGCCCUAUGGGGCCGUGCCUGCCUACCCCUCCUCGCCGCAGCGCAAUGGCUCCGACAUCAGCCUGGACCUAACUCCUCUCUCCCUGCUCCCAGCGGGGGUAAGCCCUGCCACUGCCGCAUCCCCGCCCAAGCUGUCUCGCUUGGAGAGGGUGGCGCUGGAGAUAGUGGAGACGGAGCAGGCGUAUGUGAGGGACCUGAAGAGCAUCGUAGAGGACUACCUGGGUUGCAUCAUUGACUGUGGGGACCUGCCACUCAAGCCGGAAGAAGUCAGCACUCUGUUCUGCAACAUUGAGGACAUCUAUGAGUUCAACAGUGAGCUUCUGGAGGACCUGGAGAGGAGUCCUCAUGCGGCUGCCAUCGCUGAGUGCUUCGUUGAGAGGAGCGAAGCCUUCGACAUAUAUACCCUCUACUGUAUGAACUACCCCAACUCGGUGGCUGUUCUGAGGGACUGCAUGAAGAACAAGAGCCUGGUGGGCUUCUUCCAGGAGAGGCAGACCACCCUGUGCCACUCCCUGCCCCUGGAGACCUACCUUCUGAAGCCAGUGCAGAGGAUCCUCAAGUACCACCUCCUGUUGCAGGAGCUGGCCAAACACUUUGAUAAAAGUGACCCUGGCUACGAGGUGGUGGAGGAUGCCAUCAUCACCAUGACAGCUGUGGCCUGGUACAUCAACGACAUGAAGAGGAAGCAGGAGCACGCUGUCAGGCUGCAGGAGAUUGAGAGCUUGUUGACCAACUGGACAGGUCCAGACCUGAAUGGCUUUGGGGAGCUGGUGUUGGAGGGCUCCUUCAGGGUCCAACGGGUCAAGAAGGAGAGGGCAUUCUUCCUCUUCGACAAGAUGCUGCUUAUCGCUAAAAAGAGACUGGAGCUUUUCAUCUACAGCACCCAUAUAUUUUGCUGUAAUCUACUUCUGGUAGAAACCAUGAAGGACCCCCUGUGUUUUAAGGUGUCCGAUCAGACCAUCCCCAAACAGCAGCACAUUGUACAGACCAAAAACCAGGAGGAGAAACGCCUUUGGCUGCACUACCUCAAGAGACUGAUAGUGGAGAACCAUCUUGCCUCUCUACCCCAGAAGGCAAGGCAGGUACUCGGUGACAACUUCUGUCAAUCUCCUCAGUUUGAUCAGGAUCAUUUUAAAAAGUCAUCUCCAAGAUGCAAUGAAUACCAUCGAGGAAGACGCCAAUCAGAGCCCCCAGAGUUCAUCUACACCCCAGAGAAGGCCAAGAAGAGCCUUCCCCUGCUUCUGGAGGGGAACCUGUCCUACCGCCGCGGCAGGAGGCAGUCUGCUCCAACUAAAGACUUGGAAACAGCAUUUCAUGGUGAGAGGGUCUCUUCAAAGGCUGGCAGCGAGGGGGAGCUGUGUCCUGGGGCAGAUAGCCUGGGAUACUCAGGCAGCACCAAAACCCUGGCCUCCUCUGUGAUGGAGGUGGAAGCUGAGACAGAGCGGCCGGACCCCUGCCUGGGCCUGGAAGAUGAGGAUCUAUCCUCCCUGAGCCUCCCGCCCACCCUCUCCAUCACCGAGGAGAUCAUGCAGUUCAUUAACCAGAGCCGCGUGCGAGAGGGAAUGGCCGAACUCAAGCAUGACAUAGUAUGGGAUUCACCCCUGGAUGAGUCUCUGGAGGACCAAACAACUGAGCCACCUCCAUGUCCAGUUGCUCAGCAAGGAAAUGACCAGCCGCAGCCUUCCCCUACAAAGGAGUCUUACAAGUCGCAAGACCCCCAUCCCAAUAGUCCAGAGGAGAUAACAGUGCAACUGGAGGGGAGCAGAACCAAAAUGGAAGACCAAACUCUUCCACCCCGUCUGUCCAGUGAGUCCUCAGAGGAGGGAGGUUGUGAAGGUGGAGAGUCAACACCUUUGCCAUCUGAUGUCAAAGAGGAGAUGCCUCAGGAGGAGAGCACAUCAGCCAAAGAAACCGAGACAGUUGAGGAAAGAACUGCAUCAGAGGUGGAGGACGAGCAAACGGUCAAAACCGCGACACCUCUCUCUCCUGUAAGCCUCCCUGACAAAAGGGAGAGGGAGAAAGAACUCUGCUUUGACCUCCCCAACGAGGACAAACCCUCAGAAGCUCCAAUCUCUCAUCUCUCCGUCCCAGAGGACACUGUACAGAGCCCUCUGGCGCCCAAGAAAGAGACCCAGCUCACCAAGUCCGACAGGCAGAUCAUCGAAAAGAUCCGCAGCUACUACGAGGCAGCUGAGGCCGAGGCAGGAGAUGCAGGAGAAGGUGACAGCAUCCCCACCCUCAGGAGAAACAGCUUCUCCCUCAUCAUCCCCACCGGCCUGGUCAAAGACUCUGUGUCCCGCUUUGCUGUCUUUGGCCACCAGGACAGCUUGUGUGACUCGGAGAGCGGGCGCUCCAAUGGGGGGGCAGAACCAGAGCCUGAGUUAGAGCUGCCUGACCAGGGAGAGGGAGCCCUCAGUCCAGACUGUUCCUCCACUUCUGCUGCUGAUUCCCAGGAAGAUCACAGCCAGGCACCAGGUCAGGAUGAGCCUGCUGUGGAGGAAUGUAGCAGGUUUGAGCCAGGGAGCGAUCUCCUCCCCUACAAAGAGUUGAUGAAGGAGUGGAAAGAUAAGGAGAAAGUAGGAGCCGCUGUUAGUACAGAGAAGGAAAUCACACUUAACCUGUUAACAGACAUAAACAAAGAGGCCUCAUGCAGUGAUGAAGCAGCCAAAGUGAUCACAGAAGACCAGCAAGUAAUCAACGGCCACGGACCAAGUCCAAGUGAUCUGGACUCAGAACCUAAAGAGGCCCAGAAAGACUCCACUGUCCCUCCACUUACAGGCCUCCACGACAGUAAGACCGCCCCAGUGUCCCAGGCUGGGUUGGGGAGAAUCAGAGACAGGAGCUCCCUCACUGGGAACCUAGAGGGCCUACCCAGCCAGAUCAAGGUGGGCCGCUGGUCCCGCCACUGUAAGAUGGUGUCCUCCAGCCAGACCCUGUACGAGGGGGCAGCGGUCGCAGACGUGGCAGGGAUAGGCCUGUUCGAGGCCAGCCCCGGUGAUCCAUGUCUGGUGGAGAACUCGGAGAGGAUCCUCAGUAAGGUUCAAAUGCUGGCUCGCAUGUACAGCGCCAAGGCCAGCAUCAUGAAGGUGCCUCUUCACCACAAGAGGGUGUGUGUGGGUCGUGCACCGUGGACCGGCACCACCAGGCACAGUGUCCCUCCUCAGGCCCAGCCGCCACAGCAGCAUCAUGGGGAGAAGAUUACAGUAAAGAGAGCUCAGAGCCAUUCCACUGGUUGUCAGGAGAUUACUUCAGUCUCCUCAGAACCCCAGCUCUUUGGCCACGUCCUUGUCAGUGAACAGCUGUCCCCCACCUACCGCCAGCAGGAGAAUAGCUACGUCCUGGCCGGACCCAGGGACAGUGUUUCCAACCUGGGAUCCACGUCCAUUACCUCUCCACCCUCCUCCCCUCUGACCACCCCACCAAGAAACCCUCAGGUUGGGCCUGAGGAGGUAGUGACGACUGCUGUGGAGGGGAGGCUUAUGGAGAACCAAUCUGAGGAAGUAAUCUCAGAAGCUGAGAUGCAGAGGCCUCACUCCAAGAAGGGCUUCCCAGUCCAGGAAGUCCCCAUCCAAGGGGUAAGGUUUGAGGUUCCAGCUGAUGGUCAUCCAGGGACCCCAGAUAUGACUGUGAAUCUCAGCAGGACUCAGGCAGAGCAGAAAGGACAUAAUCUGUACUCCAUCAGGGAAGAUCCUUCUCUGGGGACAGCAACCUCUUUAGCAGGCCCAUGUGGGAACAAGGACAGGUUUCCAGGGGUUGGCGCUGCAGAGGAACUGAUGAAGACCAUCCAACAGCAGGCUCCAACUGAACCAGAGACAAGCCAGUUGGUGAAGCCAGACGAAGACAAUUUAAACACAAAGAUAAUGACGCCUUAUGUGGCCAGUGGGGCUGAGAGGGGGAGUUCACCCCGGGUGGCCCCUGGUCAUCAAAGUAAAGCUGAAUCCACCAAAGAGAAACCACGAGAUGCCACUCUAGAUGAUCGGGAUGUUUCGCCUGCAUCGUCAAAGAUUUCCCCUCACAGCUCCGACACGUCUCCCACACAACAGAGGUCCAUCUCUGGACUAACUGAGGGGUCAAACCCCUUAGUGCGGCAUCCCACUCAGUCACCUAUGACUGAACCCAUGCAAGCAACACAUACAUCUGGUCAGAGAGUCAAGGAGAGUCAAGUCCCAGAGGAUUCCAAAGAAAAAGAGGGGGGCAUGGUUCCCCAUCCGUGGUCAUCGCUCCAAAGCCCGGCGCCUAUACCUCCACCAGGGGUGCAGUCCUCUGACUGUCUGCCUAGGUUCACCAGCCAAAGACCACCCAACCUGCACCUGCCCACUAGCAUGGGUAGAAGGAGCCUUCCUAUCAAUUGGAACGGAUCAAACAACGCCACACUCCCCAGCCAAAGACUACCACCUGCUCCACUGAAGUCCAGAGAGCCAGGCCAGGAUCCUUCAGCCCCACCCAUCCAUGCCUCUGGGUUGUCCCCCAUCAGACAGCCUUCCUCCCAGUCUUCACUGGAGAGAUCAGCCACCCUGCCUCCAGGUAUUGGCCAUCCCAUGGAUGCCAAGCCUCCCUCCGCCUUCAGCCCCAGUCUCCACCAUCGCUCUCCCUCUCCAAUCAGGGGACUCCCCUGCUCCUCUCCCACCCCUUCUGCCUUGACCAAAUCCCUGGCCGCCUUCUGCAUCAGCCAGUCCAUCAGCCAGAGUCUGGCCAAGAACAACGCUCGCCUCCAGGACCAGGCCACCCCUUCCCCAGGUAGUCCAGCCCCUCUGGCUCCCACUCCCACUGCCUCCCCACUCAGGAUGAGGUCUCCCUCCCCCAAACUCACCUCUGGCCCUAGUGGCCCCCCUCUGAGUCCCCCUUCCCCACUCUGGUCUACUUCACUUCGCUCCAGUCCAAGCGCAUCCCCAUCCCUGUCCCCCCCACCAUACCGCAGCCAGCACUCAGUCUCCCCAGCCCCCCCAGUCAGCCUGCAUCACACCGCCUCUUCCUCUGCCUCCCCCCGGCCCAGGCCUGUUGCCCUAGCCCAGCCAUGUCAUAUUGGUUUGAAUGGAAAUAGCAACAACAAUAACAACACCACUAACGGAGGAUUGGCCGUGAAUCACCGGAAGCCACCGUUAGCGAGUAGCAAAAGUAUACCCCAUCCCCAUGAUUGUCACUGGAGUGGUUCUGCUCACACUUCCAACAGAGUGGCAAGGCCCUUCUCUGCCUCGGAGCCCAGCUCACGAGUGCAGUCCCCCUCUCCCUCCCCAUCUCCAUUCAGCAAGAUCUGCUCCCCACCCCCUGUCCAGAAUCAUACAGGCCCUCUGAUGAACAAGCCCCCCAACCCUAGAAGCACCCGGGCAGGAGGGGCUAGCCCCUUCAACCACCUGGGCCUCUCCCUAGAGCUCCCCAGGACCUCCUCAGCCUGCUCCUCAGGCAUCACCUCCCCUCGUAUUACCUCCCCACCGCCCAUCGGGGUUCCUGCCAAUGUGUGGGGAGUCGCCGCUCCUCAGCCGCGGCAUGCCAAAUUGGCAUUCCCUUCCUCCUCCAUAGCCUCACCCACAUGGAGAGGUGGCUUAUCCCCCUCCCCCUCCAUUCAGAGAAGCUACAGCACCACCUCCCCUCCCCCAUCUGGUUUCUCCUCAUGCUCUCCAAACCCUUCUCAGAACCUGCGGAGGACCAAGGGGAGCAGCCUGCCCUUCCUCAGCCUGGCUGACCGACCACCCAGCCCAGUCAGGAAUGGGAGAAGGUCAUGGGUAGAGAGCGGAAGGCGCAGGGCGGUGGGUGCGGAGCAGGAAUCUGGGCUGAUGAGUCCCCGAGGGGGAUCCUACUCCAACAGUGACUCCUACAGCGGCUCCAACAGCGGCUCCCCAUCCUGCCCCAGCCCCUGCACCUUGUCCCCUGUCAGACUGGCCCCUGGGAAGAGCAACCACGGCGGGCAACACUUCACCAGCAUUGCCUGGCCCGACGUACGAGAACUCCUGACCAAGUAUGACAGUGGAGACAGCCCUGACCGGAGCGCUCCGACUUCCCCUGUCUGGCCUCAGGAUGAGUGGGGUGACCCAGACCUUGGGGAGGACAGUUGCCGGAGCCGCCUGAUCUGUGCCUAUGUGCCUCGGGCCUCCCCAGCCCCAGACAUGGGCGCACCCAUCCAGUGCCCUCACAGGAGUGAGCCAAAGCCAGAGGACGCCUCCUCAAUGCAGGCAGCCAGAAGGACUCUAAAGACUAGCUAUGCUACCACUGUGAACCUGCAGAUUGCUGGCAGUGGGCGAAUCACUUCCUUCAGCAACACCCAGGUGAGCUUGAGCCAGACCUUAGCCCCUGUGGUAGACAGCCAGGGCAGACGGAGAGUCAGCAUCAAUGCCUGCAACCUCACCCUUCCUGUUCCCCAGAACUGCAACAGGCUGUGAGGGGCUGCAACUGGGCGACCUCCUCCAAGAUGCCUUAUGCCUCAGUGAAAGUCUAAAUGGGCACUUUACCCUGAAACAGUGGUGUUCAUAGGGAUCCUAUGAGAUAGACUUAAUAGACUUAAUUGGACAGUAGACUGAAUCACCUGUUCUUCCAGAUGACAAUCUGACAAUGUCAGGGAUUCUGCAACCAACUCCACGAACCACCGUCCGGCCACCUACAUCACUGUCCAACAGGACACUGACUGAACCCACAGACAAAAGUUUUUCCCGGUGUUGUUUUUAUUAGUCUUUUUGUUCUUGUUUGUUCUUUCAAAAUAAAUUCUGUUUAUUCUGUUAAACAAAAAACAAUGUAUUGUGUACCAAACUCCUGUGUUUGUGCUUGUGGCUGUCAUGGUCAAAACUGUCAAUUAUUUUAUUUUAUUUAUGAAGUAGUCUUAUUUUGUCUGCAUUUCUGGCACUUAAUUGUAUGUCUUUAUUUUGCACAAUGUCCUCAGCUGUGUGUGCAGUUAAGACGUAUCUGUGAAGGUAGGUUUUAUUUCACACUAAAACAUGACGCUAUGUGUUCUAACCUAUAUAGUUUUAUCAGUGAUUCAAAAAUAUAUGAUUUAUUUGAUUACAUAAGAGCUGAAAAUAAGGGAAAAUAAGGGCAACAAAUUUCAGGGAAAACAAAGUGCAAGGAAAUUAAUGUUGUGAGUCAUUCAUGUGCAUUUUUAUUGCUGUACAACACAGUGUCUUCAGGCUACUAUGUCACAUUUUGAUAGUAUAGACCUAGCUACUUUUUUAAGUACCGUAUUUAAAUAUCAGUUUGGAAAUUGUGUGAGCUCCUGUGGUCAAAAGACUCAAAAAACAACUACUGUGUCUAUUACUUUAUGUGUAUUUCAGUUAUUUGUACUCCAAUAAUAAUAAAAAUAUUAAAGACCCUU